GUUGUGGUUGCGUUUCCGUAUUGGCUCAAACUGAAAUCUCGCGAGACUAUAGUUCACUAUCAUUUCCGGGAGUGCAAGCUAAUGUUAGCUUCCCCAUGGCUUUCGUUUUAUUAAACUCUUGUACGUCAAACUAAAGAGAAAUAAGUAUCACAGUUAUAUUAGUGUUUGACCCACAUGUGAAACCGAGCAAGUGCCGAGCGCAUAAUGUUAUCAUAAAUUAGUCCAUUAGCAUAGAAGUCCCGAGCUAAUUUUAUGGCAGUGCGGAGUUGUGCUAUUUCUAGCCAACUCCAAAAUUAAGAUGAAGAGCAUUCUUGACUGCUGCAGUAGUUGAAAAGGCCAGGAGUUCACCAAGAACAUGGAGAAGAUGUCCCGGGUCACCACAGCUCUUGGCAGUAGUGCCAUCAGCGGUCGAACCAUGUUCUGCCACUUGGACGCCCCCGCUAACGCCAUCAGCGUGUGCCGGGACGCAACGCAGGUGGUGGUGGCCGGCCGCAACAUCUUCAAGAUCUACGGCCUGGAGGAGGAGCAAUUUGUGGAGAAGCUGAAUCUCCGUGUGGGCCGGAAGCCCUCUCUCAACUUCAGCUGCGCUGAUGUCAUGUGGCACCAAAUGGAGGAGAACCUGCUGGCCACCGCUGCCACGAACGGCGCUGUGGUGACUUGGAACCUGGGGAAACCGUCUCGCAACAAGCAGGACCAGCUCUUCACCGAGCACAAGCGUACGGUCAAUAAGGUGUGCUUCCACCCCACAGAGGUGUACAUGCUCCUGAGCGGCUCACAGGAUGGCUUCAUGAAGUGUUUUGACCUGCGCAAAAAGGAGUCUGUCAGCACUUUCUCAGGUCAGUCAGAAAGUGUGCGGGACGUUCAGUUCAGCAUGAAGGAUUAUUUCACGUUCGCUGCCUCUUUUGAGAAUGGAAACGUCCAGCUGUGGGACAUCAGACGGCCCGACCGCUAUGAGCGAAUGUUCACCGCCCACACAGGCCCAGUAUUCUGCUGUGACUGGCACCCUGAUGACAGGGGCUGGUUGGCCACAGGAGGCAGAGAUAAGAUGGUGAAGGUGUGGGACAUGACCACAAACCGUGCCAAAGAGGUCUACUGCGUCCAAACCAUCGCCUCAGUGGCACGGGUCAAGUGGCGUCCAGAGAGGAAGUUCCACUUGGCCACCUGCUCCAUGAUGGUGGAUCACAACAUCUACGUGUGGGACGUGCGAAGACCGUUCAUCCCCUUCGCCACGUUUGAGGAGCACAAAGACGUGACCACUGGUAUUGUGUGGCGCCACCAGCACGACCCUCAUUUCCUGCUGUCGGGCUCCAAGGACAGCACCCUGUACCAGCACAUGUUCAAGGACGCCACGCGGCCUGUGAAUAAAGCCAACCCUGAAGGUCUCUGCUUUGGCCUUUUCGGCGACUUGGCCUUUGCGGCGAAGGAGAGUCUAAUCAGCGGUGAUGCCAACAGAAAGCCUUACCCUGGAGGCGACCGUCGCUACCCUAUCUUUUUCUUCAAGAGACCCGACCCGACAGAACAGUUUGCCCAUGUGUCAAGUGCCCUCGCUGUCUUUGAGACGGACUUGGACAGUAACCACAUGGACUGGUUUGUGAAAACGGCACAACUCUACCUCCUAAGCGGAAAGCCCUUUGCCGAACUGUGCGACCACAAUGCCAAGGUGGCACGCCAGCUCAAAAGACCUCAGGUUUCCACAACAUGGACCAUGUUGAGAAUAAUGUUCUCUGACCCAGCGAACAUCACUACUCCUGGGCUGAACCACAACCUGAGUAAACUGGGCACCGUACCUCUAAUGAGCAGUUUCAGCAUGAAGGAGCUGGGCAAUGAGAGCAGAUUGGAACGCAGCAAAGGAGAUGGCAGACAGGACAACGUCCACUUAGAGCCUGAAAACAUCAGCAACAACAAUGAAGAAAAUGAGGAAACUGAAGGCAGUGAGGGCCAGGCUGAAUACAUGUUUGGAGAUGCUGAGCUAGAUGAUGAUGACCUUUAUUCAAUGGAACAUGACAACCAGACAGAGGAACAGGAGUGCACUCUCCCCCAGGAGGCUUUCCAGCUACGUCACGACAUCCUGGACAAUCCGUCUGCUCCCGAGCACCUUCAGCAAGACAAGGCCGACUCCCCGCACGUCAGCGGCAACGAGGCUGAGGUCACGUGUCUGACGCCCAUCGAGUCCUUCUCCCUCAUCUCCAUCUCCCAGCCUCUGUUCACGCCCCAUCUGCCCGCCAGCUUCUUUUGCCCUAUCGUGCGCCAGAUGCUGAGCUACUAUGCCGAGCAAGGUGACGUGCAAAUGGCUGUGUCUGUGCUCAUCGUCUUGGGAGAGCGGAUACGGAAAGAGAUUGAUGACCUCACCCAGGAGCACUGGUACAUGUCAUACAUCGACCUGCUUCAGCGUUUUGAGCUGUGGAACGUGUCCAAUGAGGUCAUCAAGUUGAGUAUGUGCAGCGCCAUCACUUGUCUGAAUCAGACGUCGACCACACUGCACAUCAACUGCAGCAACUGCAAACGGCCGAUGAACAACAGGGGCUGGAUUUGUGACAGAUGUCACCAGUGUGCCAGUGUCUGCGCAGUGUGCCAUCAUGUGGUGAAGGGACUGUUUGUGUGGUGUCAGGGCUGCAGCCACGGUGGUCACCUGGAACACAUCAUUAACUGGCUCAAAAGCAGUGCCCACUGCCCCGCAGGCUGCGGACACCUGUGUGAGUACACCUGAACUCACCAUGGACAGCUACCACUCACUCACCAGCUUUGACCGCACUCUCUCACACACACAAACCUUUUUAAUGACCUAGAUCAUGGGGUAGGGUACCUAUGGCUCGGGUGCCUGAUGUGGCUCAUUUCUUAAUACCAUGAAAUGUAUUGAUUUUAUUUCUUUGCUGACAUUUGAAGUAAUACAUUACAGAAAACAAAGUGUUCAAAAUAUAAAACUUUGUAAUGCAUUUUAAUCCAUCUGCCUGUUUUCUACCACAAUGCUAGCUGUCCUUCCCAUAUUUUCCGGGUCAGACACCAAAGCUUGAUUAUUAUUGGAUAAUGCAGUAGCAGGCUGGUAUAUUCCCUGCGUUAAUCACAUAGUCAGCUAUCUAAUUCUGAAGAGCUAACCGUUCUGACGAAAAAAGAAGGAAUCAUACAGGGUAUGGCGCAAAACCGUACAGCAGCAGAAGUCGUUUCAUGUGAAGAAGUAAAUUAUGAUUGGUUAGCUUCACUGUAACAAUGUGAGUAAAAAGAAUACAUUCAGAAAUUUAUUAGAAUCUCAAAUUGUUGGUACUGCUUAAAAAUACACCCGUUUGGUUGUAUUCUGUGUUGAAAAAAAUAUACGAUAUGGCUCUCACAUUUUAAUAUGUGGCUUUCAU